UGUGCCGUUGCAUUUUAUCCCGAAUGAUCCAGAAACCAUAAUCUAUCUUUGAAAAAUUAACGACAUAGGUUUUUGGUAGAAAUGGUAUGCGCAUGUUCGGGGUUAACCGGAAGUUACAUUUAGAGUUGGAAUACAGUGUUGUCUUCAGAAACAAGCCAAACAAAAACUAUUGUCCCUUUUUAUAAUGGCUACCAUCCCGAUCGCCAUUAACAGAAUAAAGAGGGAAUUCAAAGAAGUUAUCAAAAGUGAUGAGAUCGCGAAGUGUGACAUCAAGGUGGAACUUGUUGAUGACCAGUACAAUGACCUGAGAGGCGAGAUAGCGGGGCCUCCUGACACACCCUAUGAAGGAGGCACAUUCAAACUGGAUAUCAAAGUACCAGAAACCUAUCCCUUUAAUCCUCCCAAGGUGAAGUUCGUCACCAAAAUAUGGCAUCCAAACAUCAGCUCAGUCACAGGUGCAAUAUGCUUGGAUAUCUUAAAAGAUCAGUGGGCUGCUGCCAUGACGUUACGGACGGUGUUGUUGUCGUUGCAAGCGCUGCUGGCAGCUGCGGAGCCAGAUGAUCCUCAAGAUGCAGUCGUAGCCCAGCAAUACAAGGAAGUGCCGGAGAUAUUUGCCAGGACAGCAAGGCACUGGACAUCAGUGUAUGCCGGAGGACCAAAGAAAGAAGAAGAAUUAGAAAAAAAGGUUAUUGAGAUUGUCAACAUGGGAUUUGUAGAGGAGGAAGCGAGGCGAGCUUUAUCAACACGGAACUGGGAUAUCGAAAGGGCAACAGAGUAUCUCAUAGAUCAGCAGUCCUAAUGCAAUGUUUUUAGUAGUUAUAUCUCCAUGCAUCUAUUACACAUAACUAUGGUUGAAAGACAGGGACACAGAGAAGGGUCUUAGAGAGUAUUGGUGUUCUAUAUGGAGUGUGAUUAUAUACUGAUAGUCCAACUGGAAUCCUUGAAAUGUAACAAUGGUUACAGUAGGAACUGGCAACAUUAUGACAUCUCAUCAUGAGACAAUGAAUGCCUGUCAUACCAAAAUGUAUGUAUACAAUGCUUGAUUUAAAGGGGGUUUCCCUUGUACCAAUUAGGCUGGGUGCCUAAAUGAAAUGUGAAAGAGGCACUAGUUACAUGAUCAAGCAGGGAGGACAUGGCACAAGACUGCUUUUCCUCUUUACCGACUAAAUGUCGUCUUUAAUACUUCAUGCGUUUGUAUUCACUAUGUUCUGCCGUAACCUGUGAAUGGCUGCUUUCCAGUGUAGUCGCUAUGUUUGAACUGAUAUUUCAAACUGUGGUCUGGGUCCAGUGAAUGGGAAAUCACAGUGGUCCGACCACUGCUUAAAUUACAUUAACCCUUUCUCAUACAACAUCUACACAACAUUUCUUUAUUAUCAGGCAAUGCCACUGUUCUAACAGAAUUUGGGCGGUCGGGUAGCCUGGUGGUUAAAGUGUAUUCUCGUCAUGCCAAAGAGCCGGGUUCAAUUCCCGACAUUGGUACAAUGUGUGAAGCCCAUUUCUGGUGUCCCCCGCCGUUAUAUUGCUAGAAUAUUGCUAAAAGCGAUGUUAAACCAUACUCACUCACUCACUUAUGCAGAAUUCAUGCACAGAGUAGGGCUCAUUUGACAUCCAUGAGUGAUACACGACACGUCUUUGUUUGACUUAUUUAUACACAUCACCAUUAUACCGCAAGGCGGCUGAAUGUGUCACGGGGGAUGGAUGAACGUAGUGUAUACAAAGCUCUGAAGUAUUGAUGAUGUCUUUUGUUUGACAUGUUUGACCUUGUGUGUUGCUGGAUUGAAGAUUUACUGUAAACGUAGGAGAUCAUUAUGUAAUUGAAAGAGUGUUUCUGAUAUCAUGGGAGUAUAUAGUGUUUUUGUGCCUCUGGAAGUUGUCGGUGAGAGAGUGAUAUUUAUAUUGAAGCUGGUUGAAUCGUCCAUAUUCUCGUUCAUGACAUCAGGAAGAAAGUUAUUCUGUGGGAAAGCAGCAGCUGUUUGGAGUGAAGGAUGUCAUUACUGUGGCACUGACCUCAGGUGCCUGGAUAGGUCAGUCGGUCAAACAUUGAAGGUACAUAUAAGUAUAAAACGAUGUCUGUUUGUGUUGUACAUUUAGAUCUAUUUUCACUGAAGAGUUAAACAAGAAAUUAGAGUAAAAGGACAAAACUUCACGGUUUUUUAAAAUGACCUUGAAAUUCGGAGCAAUUUUGACAGUUUGAUACAAACACUCAUUUAGAUGGUGUGACAUGUUGCUGCGAAGUGUUCCAAGCAGCACAGAUUUGAUUAAUUUAUGUAUUCAACCUUGUGAUACAUCAGCCCUCUUCAUGAUGUAAUAAGGAGCGUUCUGGUGGUACAAUGUCUAAAGCACCAUGUUGGUGUUCUUAACUCAGUAUGGCUGGAUUCUUUCGAAAGUAAAUGAUUGAUCAUGUUACAGAAGACUAGCUUCAGUUAUCAGCAUUGGCAGACAAACUCAUUCAUGGUGCCCACCACCAUGUUUUACUGUUAAUGAUGUAUGACCCUAUAGUAUAAACUUACCCAUUAGAGUUAUGUCCCUUUGACAUGUCAGGAUCCAGUGAGCAUGAUUUGAAUUCCAUCUUUGUCCUGAUUACAACCCUUGGUCAUCGUACCCAUGGGUCUCGUCAAAGUGGUAAGUGCGUGCGACGUGCAUCGUUUUGGGCUGUCCAUUCACAUGAAGCUGCCAAGCCAUGUUGUAAUUGAGAUGCUUAACUCAUCACUCACUACUGGUAUACUAAUCACACGAAGGGGUUUGAUGGUAAACUGAUGAAUAGGCCAGGUUUGAGAUAAUAGAGAACAGGACCCAUAUAAAUACUUGUAUAUACAUUGUGUGAUGUUCUAAGUUCAUCAACUGCACAUAUUCUGCACCUGUAUUUGUCUACUGAUGAUAUAGUCCGCUGAAAGAUGUUUCUCUAUAUUGUUUUCUCUCUUCAGCGUUACGAUGAAGCAGUGGGGCACACAUUUCAUGAUGCAGCAGUUUUCAAAUUCUACAUGUUUCGAAUGUUUCAAAAAGACUUUGCUUCUUUGGAUUUAGAUACUUUGAAAAACUAAAUAACAAACUAUCGACAGGAUUUUCAGAAUAAACUAACAGAUGACACUUCAAGUUAUUUAACUGGUAAACCCAAUAUUGAUACAUAUAGUUUGCGAUACAUUAUAGAUACAUUCUAAUUCUAUGUUGGUGGUUUCUAAAAGAUGUGCUCAUAUUACUUAAUAAAAUGUCACUACUAUAACCCUAGGAAUAUAUUCUCAAAUCAAUAAAGCAACUCAUAUUUCACAAAUAUUAAUCUUAUUCUAUUAUCAAAUCUUUAUUAACUUGAAAUCUGUUACAAAAAAAUGAUAUCUACUAUUUUUAUUGUUACAAUCAAGACAUCUCUAGUCAGUACCAAGGCCAUCUGUUGAUAUGGUUUACAAAUAAAAAAAAUAAAAUAUCAAUAAAAAGAAGCUCUUGUUAUAGCUUAAGCUAUUUUUUAUUUGGCAUGAAAUUAUUCAGAUUACUAUUUUGGGAAAAAAUAGUUGCUUAAGUAGAUAUUGUAUACAGGACAGAAAAAACAUACUGAUCACCAUCAAAAUAUAUAUUUCACACCUUGGAGAUGAGAAUCAUUUUUGAAAAAUUUCCAUGACCUUAUAAUAAAAUGUAAUACAUAUCCUGCAAAGGUUUGGACAGGUUCAGAGGUACAAUUAUCUCUACAUUUUGUUUCCUACCAUCCGUGAUUAUCUAGAUUCAAUCUCAUUAAAAUCAGAUCUUAGUUCUCCCUAUCGCUAAACAAAGAUCUGAGGACAUCCCAUUAGGAGUCACGUCAGAACGACCUUUCAUCCAACCAAGCAGAGCGUCGCUUACCAGAUCAAGAAAGUGACACACGGAAUGUGUUUUCUAAUCAUGCAACCUCAAAAUAUUUAACAGAGGGUAUUCCGAAGGACAGUUACAGAUUAUAUAUCCAUACAAUAUAGGCCAUCUAUAAGCCAUUCCAGAACGUUCUUUUUAUCAGUUUAAAAAAAAAUUAAUCGAGAAUAUGUCAAAAUAUGUUUCGAAGCGUAGUCUCCAGUUUGAAACGAGUGUCAUAAAGCUUGAGAAAGCUGCCUUCUGAUUGGUUAAUGUCGAUUUCUUGUCAGUCAUUUCAUUGAUCGGUCAAAGUUCGCCAAAGAUCGUUCUGACAUGAACCCUAAUGGGAUGUCCUCAGAUCUUUGUUUAGCGGUAGCGAAAGCUAAAAUCUGAUUUUAAUUAGAUUGAUCUAGAUUAUAAUAAGUUUGGGAAAAUACCCAUAGUCCUAUUUCAUAAAGCGAUCUUAGCCUAUGACUGUCUUAAGCCUAUGUUAAAGUAGGGGAAUUACAAUCGCCUUAGAGCUAAGAUGGCAUUGUGGAAUGAGGCCCUGUUUCAUCCAUCACUUCAUUUUGAUCCAUACUCGGAGGUAUGGUCACUUCUGAAACAAACUUGGGUGCCGAAUGGGUUUAGGGUAUUUAUAAUGAUAGCAUGGAGAUAAUACACUGGAUAUUUGAUGGUGAUUUCCACGGUACCCAAUACUAAGCUUGCAAACAUCAAUCAUGACUGCUGUUCGUAGGUAUCUGCAUUGUUCUGAUGUAUUUUUCAAGUGAACUCGCCCGUUAAGCACUCUAGUUAGGGUAAUGGUAGAAAACCAGAUUCGAUCUAAACGUAUUAAUUUCCAUAGAAACUCAUGUGUUACUGUUGUACUAAUAUAAUAUUACCUUAUAUGAUCAUUGUGAAUUUGCAUUUUGAAAGUUUCAAAAUCCAUCUUCUUUUUCUCGUUUCAAAUAUUAUGGUCCAUGAUAAAUUGAUGGAGAGAUUUUCUUCCCUGCCUAUUUGGUAUCAAUACCUUUUCGUCAGUUGUAUUUUGAGUGAUUAUUUUUCAUUACUCACCUAAACAGCAAGAUGGCUAGUCCUAGAAGAAUGAGAUUUAGUUCAACAACUGUUUUCAAAAUAUGCCUCGACUUUACUUUUGAAGAAGGAAGAGAAGACAAACAAAUUUGGGUUGUCAUGCUCGCUGACUUGGUUCGUACAAGUCAUUGUAUCCCAAUUGCAUAGACUGAUGCUCAUGAUGUCAAUCACCGGAUCAUCUGGUCCAGACUCAAAUGUUUCCAGAUAGCCGUCAUAUAGCUGGAAUAUUACUGAGGCGUUACACAACAAACAAACAAACAAGACUUUUGAAGAAAAUUUGGGCAAAAAUCUAGUAAUUGAUUAAUUCUGUUUUGUAAUGCUUGUAUUUGAAAUUAAUGUAAAAAUUAUGAUUCCUGUUUGUGAUAUUGCAUAUGAAAAUCAACAAGCCAUAAGCAGUUACUAAAGAACAAGCAGAUUUAUGGCAGGCUGAUUGAGGUAUGUUAUGUGUAUUAUGGUGAUGAAAACUACAUAAACCAAGUUAAGGACCUCCCGAUUUUUCAUAUGUUCAUGGCCAUAACAGAUUAACUAUAGUAAUAUAAAAGAAUCGAGUGGUUCUUAACUUCUUUUCAGUAGUAUAUUAUGCCCGCCAGAAGAAUUAAGGGAACACUUAAAACAUUGACCAAUCCGGAAAGAUGUGAGAAUGAUUUGCGAUUGUGGCAAGUAUACCGCACAAAACUCGGCAUGAUGGCUCUGUUGCCUAUGGCACUACCAUUUACUUCACAGAGUUGUGUCCCUUAGGCCUGCCCCAAAGUUAUGAUCAUGGGUUUGAAUCCCUGAUUCUCCUUGAUUAUGUUUCUAGGUUUGUCAGCGCCAUACCAGCAUUCCUGGAUUUAACCAGAGUGGUACACAUCUAAGACCUGCAUCACUUCAGGCUUUCCUCCCGACUUAAGCUGAGACAUGAUAUCACUGAAAUACUGUUUAAAUUGGUGUUACAACUCACUCACUCACUCGGGCAUGCGGAAACACCUAUCACUCGGGUAUUGAUUCAUGUGCAGAACAACAUGCACUGCUUGACUAUUUUCAACCACUGCAAUGUCAACUCAGCCUGCGAUAUACAAUACUGGUAUGCUGUCCUCUCAGGCAAAAAUCCCAAGGGGAUAAAAUUGUCUGCUCCUUCAAUCUUUCAGUACAGUAUACGCUCUAUGUAACUUUUUAUUGAUUGCACAAAAUUCUUUUCAAUAAACAUGAUAACGGGUAUGUAAUGUUAGCUAAAUCAAGUUUUUAGUUAAAACAAUCUGCCAAAUUGUAAUCGAAUCAGAAGCUGGAAUGGACAUUAUCUUACCAUUGAACAAUUAACCAACUACUGUAAAUUAUUACCUUCAUCAUGGCCAUUUAACCCACAAUGCUAUAUUGGAAGCAAAUCCAUAAAUAUAACAUACAUAAUAUCUCAGCAUACACAAUAUAGAUUUCUUUGUUCCAGUUUUAUUUUCCAUGGGAUGGCGUUAGAUGUUUAGACAACAGGGUGGACAGUUGAGAAGGGUGGUAUCAUGAUUAUUAGGCCAUGUUUGUAGUUUAAACCAAACGAAGGGUAUUAAUUUCGCCACACUAUCAUUGCAAAUGACCUGCAUGAUGUAUUUUGAGUGACAGGUUACAUGGUUGGAAUCGCAGGGGGAGUGUUUUUUCAGGGUGCUACAUUGAUACUUAGUUGGGAAUCUAUCUAACAGCCAAAAUAUUGUACCUUGUUUAGCCAGGAAUAAUCGUGCCAAGUUAGAUGGUUGAACGCUUAACUUAUUACUGAUUAUCCUUUCCGCCAAAAUAUUUAUGUGAGCUGUUUCCAGGUUGAUAGUGCUAUUAUAUGUUGUAAUGUUAAAACUGAUUUAUCUAUUACUUUUGUGGAGUAUAUUACCGAGUUAAGACUAUUGUGCAUGUACAUGCAUCUAAUGACAGCGCAUAAUUAACUGUACUCUCUUCAGUUCUCGGCUGUAUCAUUAAAUAGCCAAACAUAAAGCCAUAGCCAAAAGUAAUUCAGGACAUUUGACAGAACUGUAUUGUGAUAUUCAGUUACAGCUCUUGCAGCUUUCCAUAUUUUCAGUGUUCCCGUUGGGUUUUGAAACUGCCGGUCCUGGUGGACUGGCAACUCUAAAAAUUACCAGUCCCCUCUAAUUUUUGUAAGUCCCAACUUUCAACAAAUAAAUGCAGUGACGUCAUCUCUGAAGUAACUUAGUUAGAUCUACACGUCAUUCACAGAAAGUUCAGUCACAAUUUUCUCGUGUUUUUUUGGUAUUUCGAGACUAAGUCACUACAAAUAUAUAUUUAACCUCAAAGCAAAGCGAAAUGAUGUUUCCUUGCACAAAAAAUAGACAACAGGAAACCCUGAUGGUAACAGACAAGCUGACUUUGUUCGAAAAAUAUACUUAUCUGAAUAUCAGCAAUGUUUUGUUCAACAACAAAGAUGUAUAAGGUACUUUAUUUGCCGGUCCACAGGUGACUGGCAGUCACAUGAAUUACCGGUCCAAGCCUAAUUUUAACGGUUAAAAACUGUUAAUUACCGGCAAACGGGAACACUGAUUUUACUGUCACAAUUCCUCUGUCUGUUUUAGAGUACAGCCAAAUACUCACUUUCACAAAUAGCAUAUCAGCAUAUAUUGUCAACAGCUGGCGCAAGGGGAACCCACGGACAAGGUGCCCUUGUAGUCCAUGAAUGUACAUGCAGGUCAAGUGCACUGUUUCAUAAAGUGUCAGGUUGGAGAACAUUGUUGGGAUAACAUUGUACACAUCUGACCCAAAUAACGAAUCUCCUUUAUGGCUGUGCUCAAACCAGAUGUAAGUUUGUGAUCAGUAUUGGACAAAUUGUUUUCUGCACUUUGUUUAUUAUCAUCACUCUGCUUGUCCUGAACUAUGGAUAGCUUGAUUUAUUAUGCAGUGUUGAAAUACUAUGUUUAUCUGAAAAUAUAUUGAUAUUCUACUGGAGUGAAUUAUUAUUACACAACUAAGUGAAAGAACACUUUGUCAGAACUUAUUUCAGUUAGCCUCAUUGACACUGUGAUUCAGACUAAGAAAAUACAUAGUUUAUGAACAACAUAUGGCUUUCCUUGUCAAGUAACAUAUUUGUGUCUCGGACAAUAUUGCCAUUUCUUUCGUAUCUUUGCCGUUGAAUAGAACUUUGUUAGGUCACUCGACGUGAUAAACAUGUUAUUCAACAAGGUUUGCCAAAACUCCCCUACAUAUUUUCAAUGGUACUCAUUGUGAUCCUCACUUGAUGAGAAAAACAAUAUUAUUGACAAUAUUUGCUGAAUAUCAUAUGCAGAUUUUCAGUGGUACUGAUCUUGGUACCCAUGACUUCACGCUAACACGGCUUCACUGGAUGAAUUCUCACAAGUAAUAUCUAAUCUAUACUACUCAAAAGAAGUUAAAGAACACCCACGGUUGGAGGGCUGUGUGUUGCAAUGCCCACCAGCCGUGAUAGAUGAACUAUAGGUAUAUGGAAAAAAAUUGGGUGUGGUUUAGUGUCUUCAUCUUCCUUGGGCAAGGGCGUUAACUGACAAUUAAAGUCCAGUUUCCACCCUUGUUGAACUAGGCUUGAAUUUCGUGGCCCGAUCGUGGCUAUUAAGAGUUAUGUCCCUCCUAUUGACCAAUCAGAUUCCACCUUUAUGUCACAUGCAAUUAAUUCAAACAAAAUGGCAAGAUCUUUUUUGUAAUAAAACAGGUCUUACCUCGCGAAGUGCCUCAAAUCAUGUGAGCACCUUGAUAAGAAACAUGAAAAGAUUUGGAAAACAUCUGUUGACACCCAGUUGUACACAUGCUUAGCAAAUCCUGCAGUUGACGAAAAUCUGUAUUUUGAAAUCCAUGUUGUUUACAAUCCGGAUGUCUAGUCCAUUAAUUGGUUUUGAUUUGACUAUGCAUUGACUCAUUGGUCCAGCCAAGUGUAACUCGGGAUGUCCAGCCUAAUUUGGCAAGAGUGGAAACUAGACUUCUAUUGUAAGUAAACUCCCUUACCUCGGGAAGAUAAGCCUAUUUUGAGUAGUAUACAUCGGUCGGUGAGAAGUACUCUCUCUACUUUCAAAUCAGUUUCUAGUCUUAGGGAUCAAACAACACACCAAGAAGCAAUUUGAACAUCUCCCAAGCAUAACCCACACACUGCACAACGUAAAGUAAAACAAGACUGCAAGUCAUCUUUAGCCCAAAAUGGAAAUAAAAAUUAUCUUGACACCAUGAAAAGUCUUCAGCUGAAUUUUGUAAAUUGAACCGCACUUGAUUGUAAUAGAACUUGCUUGUAAAUAUUUCGUGUAGAUAUUCUAUGUUUCAAAGCAUACUGCUAGCUCUGAAUUAUAUGAAUGUGAGUGUAAUUAUUAAGUACAAAGAAGAUAUUUUGAUUACAGUUUCUGGGAGACACAAGCCUUAUCUUGUAAUACACUGUAAGUGUAUAUGUUUUAUUUGCUUCUGAUAACCUUCAUCAUUAUGUAAAAUAUUGCAAAAUAUGUUUUUCAAUAAAAUUGAUUUGAUCCUUUU